CAUCCUCCGGGAGAACUUCUCGCGCUCUGAGAGGACGCAGGUGUCGCGCCCGUGAGGAGUAUCACUACAGAGGUAACUUUGAACAUACUUGUCAUUGCCUUAGUCCUGUGGAUUUUGAACUUGUAACAAGAAGGUGAGAUGUUAUGAUGCUAAAUCAGAUGUGACACUACAGGAACAACAGCUAAAUAAAUCAAAGCAAAGGUAGAGUGGUGAAUGAUAGCUCUUCUGUUUAAAUGUAAGCAAUGCCAGCUUACUUCUGACUGACACUGCAUAGAAUUUCAAAAGGAGAAAUAAAGAUUGCUCAAGCCAUGCCUCGGCCAGGCAAGAACUCCUACAGUGACCAAAAGCCUCCGUACUCCUACAUCUCUCUGACUGCGAUGGCUAUCCAGAGCUCCUCUGAGAAGAUGCUCCCCCUUAGCGACAUCUACAAAUUCAUCAUGGACCGCUUUCCGUAUUACCGUGAGAACACUCAGCGCUGGCAAAACUCACUCCGUCACAACCUUUCAUUCAAUGACUGCUUCAUCAAGAUCCCUCGACGCCCCGACCAGCCUGGCAAGGGCAGCUUCUGGGCCCUGCAUCCAGACUGCGGAGACAUGUUUGAGAACGGAAGCUUCUUACGCCGCCGAAAGCGUUUUAAGCUCCUGCGGGUGGAGCAUUCAGCUUGCAAGAGUGCCCCCGUGCUCCAUUCCUACCAUUCUCACCACCAUGCACAACAUUCCUUACAUCAGUCCCACCACCAUUCAGGGAAACUGGGCAUGGGCCAUCCAGACUACCUGGGCACCAUGGGCCGCCUCUCACACUUCCAGAGCUAUACGCUCAGUGGUGGGCAGAGCGGCAGCUUUAAGCACCCCUUUGCCAUCGAGAGCCUGAUUGGGCGAGACUAUAAAGGAGUGAUGGCCAGUGGAUUGCCCAUUGCCUCGGUUAUGCAUCACCUUGGUUACCCCAUGCCUGCUCAGCUCGGUGGCAUGGUCAACUCUGUGUGGCCGCACGUCGGCAUGCUCUCCGAGUCAGUUCCAGUGUCAUCAGACUACCCACCGUUUAGUGUGGCGGUGAAGGGGCUGUACCAUCACCCGGGGACCCAGAGCAUGCCUGCCGUACCCAUGCCCAUUAAACCCACUCCAACUCUGGGAGCAGUUCCCUCAUUGACUGGCAUGACACCGGGAGUUACGCAGCUAUGCCCAAGAACAACAUCCCUGAUGGAGAGAGAAACAACAGCUCUUACAGAGGAAAAGAGUGGAGCUCUACAUGCCGCUCUUCUACAGUCCUGAAGCCAAAAACGACAUUCAGGAGUUAGGGUAUGUAGAGCAUGCUUUGGGGACAGCUGUGGACUCUUUAAAUCUGACUUGAGCUUCAGCAAAAUUUCACUUGCCAACCUUUUCCACGGUUGUCCAUUGGGAGAGGAUUAAACAAACAGCACUUGAUUACUUCUGUACUGCACUUUAAGAACUAUUAAAUGUGCGUUUCUGGCUGUGUAUAUCAGGCAGUUUAUAUUGUGCAGAGUGCAGAUUGUAUUAUAAUAUGCCUCUGCAAUUUUGCAGUUUUCUGCUUUAUGUAGAAUAAGGUACGUGUUGUAAUAGCCAUGUUUUUUCUUGGUAAACAUCUAGAUGUAAUGUUGUGGAUACAAGUAUUUUUUUUGUGUGUAUUUCACCAAGACAAGAUGUAAAAGUGUACAAGUUUUUUUUUUUUUGUUUUUUUUUUGUACAAAUGACUGAAAAAGCAAAACAUCUGAUAGUGUUCUCCCUAGCACUGUAUAUGAGAUAUACAUAUCAAACAUUUUUAAACACUUCAAAUUAAGCCUUAGAAAAGUUAAGACUACAGAGACUGUAUAAAUUAAAUUUUUAAAAAUUUGUUUGCAAAAAUGAUGACAUACAUGCAUGUGUGUCACAGUUAAAACAGUGAAGUGGAUUACAGUGUGUUGGGGAGAAAGACUGUCAUAAAAUAUCCCGAAGUGAAUUGUGCAAAAUUGUAAUAAUGUAAAAUAUAAAAUGAAUUUAUGUUAAAAUGUAAUAUAAUAAUUGUAAUAUAUUAUUAUAUGUAUUAUGUAAAUAUAUGUAGAAUAUUAUCACUUACAGUAUUGGGAUUGCACUUGUGGUAUUCACUAACACAACUAAAUAUUUUAUGGAAACAGAAACAAUCAAAUGUACAAUUAUAGUGAUUAAUACUAGGCCUUAAAUGUGCUGUUUUAAAGUGGCAUGUAAAAAACA